UUGCGAAAGCUGAGGAUCCACCAUAAGAGUACUUCACAACUGCCAGAAUUUACUCAUUGCUCAUUCUUUUAUUGCAGUUCCGCGGAUUUUACAGCUCAACACAAUAUGGCGCACUUCUUAAUGACGAUUUCGGCAAUCGUUUUUGUCGCAGUGGCAUUCGUCGUCAUGCAAAACACCGAAGCUCAAACCUAUAUGACCACUGAUUCCGCUACAACUACCUAUUCUUCUGCAACCAGCGAUUCCUCCACAUCCAUCGAUUCCUCUACAUCCAUCGAUUCCUCUACAUCCAUCGAUUCCUCUACAUCCAUCGAUUCCUCUACAUCCAUCGAUUCCUCCACAUCCAUCGAUUCCUCCACAUCCAGCGAUUCCUCCACAUCCAGCGAUUCCUCUACAUCCAUCGAUUCCUCUACAUCCAUCGAUUCCUCUACAUCCAUCGAUUCCUCUUCAUCCACCGAUUCCUCUACAUCCACCGAUUCCUCUACAUCCACCGAUUCCUCUACAUCCAUCGAUUCCUCUACAUCCAUCGAUUCCUCUACAUCCAUCGAUUCCUCCACAUCCAGCGAUUCCUCCACAUCCAGCGAUUCCUCUACAUCCAUCGAUUCCUCUACAUCCAGCGAUUCCUCUACAUCCAUCGAUUCCUCUACAUCCAGCGAUUCCUCUACAUCCAGCGAUUCCUCUACAUCCAGCGAUUCCACCACAGCCUUCUAUACCUCGUACGAUACAACGUCGACGACACCAACACCACCUCUGCCAAGUGAUACGACCUCAGGCGCAAGCGAUACGUCCUCAAGCCCAAGUGAUACUGCAACGUACACAACUACAUACUUAACAUCCAUUGAAACCACGAGUGAUACAUCCUCUACGUCCUCAAGCUCAAGUAAUAUGACCUCAAGUUCUAGUGAUAUGUCCUCAAGCCCAAGUGAUACUGCGACAUACGCAACUACAUACUUGACAUCCAUUGAAACCACGAGUGAUACAUCAUCUACGUCCUCAAGCUCAAGUAAUAUGACCUCAAGUUCUAGUGAUAUGUCCUCAAACCCAAGUGAUACUGUAACGUACGCAACUACAUACUUGACAUCCAUGGAAACCAUGAGUGAUACGUCCUUAAGCCCAAGUGACACCGCGACGUACGCAGCUACAUACCCAAGAAAUAUAUUAGACUUCUUCCGGGUCAUGUAGAUAGUGCCACAAGUCAAGCUUCAGAUGCUGCAGACUCAGUUGCUGGUGGCCGCUUAGACACAUAGCAGACCAAAUCUUCAAUCCAUCAUAAUUGGAUUACACUUUGCAAUUAGGAAUUACAAUUUCAGGCUCAUCCAUGAAAGCGCACUUACCUGCAUAGGGAGCUUUAUGGUAUGUAUGCUGUUUUUAACAUGAGCCAGAAAUUAUAGUUCCUAAUCGUAAAAUGCUAUCCAAUUUAAGGCACCCUGUCACAACAACAUUUUUAACAUUAACUGUAACCAAGUGGACAUCAACUGUACAAAGCAGAGCAGUUAUAACCAUAACAAUGGAGUUCUUGCGUACCACAAGGAAUCUAGAUUUAAUUAGUUUUUCGUAGCUAAAAUUUUGCGCGAAACACUUCUGGUGCUACUGGUUGUCUCUGAACUAACUUCUAUGCUAUAAUAAAGCUCUCAAAGUUGAGGCCGUAAUGGAUGGAUCGCCUGUCCAUCUUCGUAUCCAGUCAAACUCUCUGUGUGCAGAUAAGAAACAGAUAAAUUUGCAUCGUUGCCAUGGCUUCGGUCUUAGAGUCUUCGUGCAAAGUGGCAAUCAUGCCAAUAUAUUUUCUCUCUAUCUAUUCUAUCUAUCUCUAUCUGUAUCUAUAUCUCUAUCUAUCUCUAUUCUCUCUAUCUAUCUCUAUUCUCUCUAUCUAUAUCUAUCUCUCUAUCUAUUCAUGAAAAUUUUGACCGGAAAUAAUAAGGGCAAACGAUCCCCUCCAUUACGAUCUGUGAGAGAUUUUUUGAGGUCAGGAGUUAUUUCAAAGAAAAUCAUCGUGUUUCCAGGAAAAGUAUACGUACAAAAAAGUCCCAGGAUCGCAAAUCCUUGAGGCAUCCAAGAGCUUCAUUCCCACUUAUUUUAUUUUAAACUUGGAGGUUUUUUUUAUAUGAAAGAGGAGAAACGCUCAAAUUUUCUCGUUAUCCUCUCUAGAUAGAUCAAUGAAAACCAUGUAUACGAUUGAAAGCUAAGUGUGCAUGAAAGAAGCCCUCAAAUAUACAGCAAAUAUACGGGCGCAUGGAUGCGACUUAUUCAAUGUACACAGGGAUUGAAUCGCAAAUCGACUUUUUUUUUGCAUAUUACGUAUUGCAUAUUGUGAGUCAUAAAAUCUCCAUGUCUCUAGAAUUUAAGAUUUGAUUUGCUACGGUUCAAAAGUUAAUUCUCUCAAUAUUAAAUACUUACUUUUUUUCUGAAUGAGAAGAAAGGUGAACAGUUUCCCAAAGGUGCUUCGGAUUUUCCUUAAUUUAAUUAAAAUACUUUUAAGAGCCAAUUCCUUCGACCGUAAGAGAAUAUAAUGGAAUAUUUUUUUUAUAUUUUUAUUUUUUCUCAUUUGUGUUGAGUUUUUCCCCGGUGUAUAUUAAGACGAAAAUAACAUCUUUUGUUUGAAUGUCCACAA